CACAAUGUAUCUGAGUAACACUAACGCGGUCUUUUGUCUCAUAGUAUAUACAACCACAAUUGGACUAUCCACUGAAGACCGCAGAUGGAAUAAGUAUGUCAACCCUUAUCUUAACAAGACGGAAGAAUACGCCGGCAGCCAUAAUGGAGUUUGGUUCCGUGGCGGUAAUAUCUACAAUCAUCCUUUGGGACCGUCGGAUUUCACCGCAACGCAUCCCGUUCAUCGUGCGAUUCGUCGACUUGAUCUUUUGCGAAAACACACCAAACAAAGAGGGUUUUCAAACAGGAUGCAGAUGGACACACAACAAACACCAGACUCGCUUCUUUGGCAUCCAGAAGCGAGAAACAAAGGAGUCAGACAGGAUUCUGUGGUGCCCUUCAUUCCAUACCAACAUCUCCCAGCGAUCGGUGACGUAACCAGAGAUGAGGAUGUUGGCCAAUCCAAGAGAAUGAUUUGGAACGAGGAGGGGCAGUUUUGGGGGUACGGGCAAACGGCUGAGACAAACCUGGCUUCCGACGAACAGUUUAUCUGGCCCUAUAGUACCGGUACCUCCGUAUACGAUGAUGGUCUGUGCACGCCACCAUUUUGUAUCCCCGCCAGCUGCGAUGAGAAUGAAGGACAACAGUGCAGAAAAAGACAGGUAACAACGACAAGUUGUCUUGGAACAGAAUGUGAUCCAAAGUGUCCCGGAGAACAGCAAUGUCCGGCAGUAUGUCGCGUGACCGCUACCGGCCCAACCUGCGCCAUCUUCGAUGCGGCCACAUGUGAAAACCAGUAUGCAUUACAAUGUGUCCAUGGGUGUGCGCGUGAAAGCAACUCUUCUUCACCGUUGAAAUGCAUCUGUGAUCCGUGGAGGCCCAAUGCAACUUCGUGCAUUUCGGCCGAAAUGGAUGUGUUUGAAUGCCCACUCGGCUGUAGCGGUCGCGGACGUUGUGACCGAACCACUAAGCAAUGUCACUGUGACCCAGGAUUUGAGGGGAAGGGUUGUGAAUUCAAACACGCUUGUCCUACAGGUUUGACUGGUUCAAACUGUACCAUGGAUAUUGAUGAAUGUCUGAGUGGCGCUGCCGGCUGCCAGCAUUUGUGUGUGAAUACCUACGGGUCUUUUCGGUGCGAAUGUCAUGGCGGGUAUCAAACUGACCCGCGAGAUCCGAGCCGCUGCGUGGUAGCUGAAACAUGCGAGACAAGAUGCACUCGUGGCCAGGGAUAUUGUGACGAACAAAGACGCUGUCAGUGUUACUCCGGAUUUGAGGGGGAAUGGUGUGAACAAGAUGUGGAUGAAUGUAGGGCUGGAACACACUCAUGUGAGCAGGUUUGUGUGAAUACUCAAGGUGCAUAUGAAUGCCGCUGUCAUCAAGGAUAUGAACCAGAUCCGCAGUAUCCUAAUCGGUGCAGACCGGUUGGAUGUCAUCCUCCGUGUGUUCGUGGUCAAGGAAGUUGCAGCGAGGCCGGCAGAUGCGUUUGCAUCCCCGGAUUUACUGGGAUCGAUUGCGCAGAGGAUGAGGAUGAAUGUGCGACAGGAAGACACAAAUGCAUGCAGCGAUGUGUGAAUACAUAUGGAUCUUAUCUAUGUCAGUGUGACCCAGGCUAUCGUAUUGAUCCGUCAGAUAGGAAUCGAUGUCUUCAGGAAGCGUGUGACCCUCAGUGUUACGAUGACACUGGGCCAUGUUAUGGUCGGAGUUGCAUCCACGGUGAAUGCCGCGUGGAUUAUGAUUACCAGAACGGUACUCACCGUUCAAGAUGUGAGUGUGAGCCAGGAUACACGGGUGUGCGGUGUGAACAUGACAUCGACGAAUGUGCCCCCGACGCACCUGUUCAACACCAGUGUGAUCAGCGGUGCGAAAAUACACCUGGAUCUUAUGAAUGCAGCUGUAAUACGGGGUACAUUCUACAACCGGACAAACGUACCUGUGUGAGAGAAUCAGAGAGAUGCGGUGCUGGGUGUCAGAACGGCGGAAUAUGCAUGCCAGACGGACGAUGCGAAUGUCCAGUGCGAUUUGACGGGCCUCGAUGUGAAUUCGAAGUAAACGUGUGCCAAAAAGUGAAGGCAUGUGAACACUACUGCAUCACGGAACAGGUGAGUCAGAUGUAAGAUGGCACCUUUCGAUGCGUAUGCCGUCCGGGUUACCAGCUGUCGGAGGACGGACGUUCCUGCAGGCCAAGCGAGGCAUGUGCCGAAGGAUGUGAGAACGGUGGUCAUUGCUUUCAAGGUCGUUGCAUUUGCAAAGCAGGCUUCGAGGGACCACGGUGUGAACUGGAUAAGGAUGAAUGCAAACUGUCUGUGGCAGUCCACGGUUGUCAAUUUGAUUGUAUCAACACCCAUGGGUCGUAUGAAUGUAUAUGUCCUCCUGGGCAUAAAAGACUGUCGGACAGACGGACAUGUGUGAGAAUCCAGGAAACCGAAGACUGCGAUCCACCAUGUCGAAACGGUGGCAUCUGUCGUGACGGUAAAACAUGCGAAUGCUUGCGUGGAUAUCGAGGACCUGAUUGUUCAGAAGAUAUCAACGAGUGUGAAGAAUAUCAACCGUGCGAUCCUCAGUUUGCCCAAUGUGUAGAUCGGCCUGGCGGAUUCGAUUGCAUCUGCCGUCCAGGCUAUCGGCUCAUGGUGGACGGUCGCCACUGCAUGGAAGAGGAGCGAGCAGAACGUACACCUCAUCUGGCUUACCGCGGCAGAGGUCAAAAAGGCAUUGUGGUUGCUAGUCCUUACCCAGGUGCCUCACCUGUGUCCAAUGGGCAGCCAUUCAAUGAGGAUGUUCGAACCAAGCGCCGGAGAAGACAGCCACGAGAGCCUCAAACCCGUUCGAGCUUUCGCAGGCGUGUUUACCGAAAUACGCCAACAAUCCACAGGCGCCAAGAAAGGAAAGGUGACCCAGCCCCUCUACGGCGAUCGAUUUCCCCAUUAACGUAUUUUAAAGUUUACCGUACUCGAUAUUAGUCGAAUUUGUGACUAGGAUUUUCUUGGAUCUUCUCCCGCGAUCACCGAUGAAUUUCGUUCCAUUUUAUUCCCUCAUGCACAGAGUACCAUUUUUCUUGUACAAUGAUUGAUAUUCACCUCCCGUCUUUUUUUCAAACUUCUGGAACAUAUUAGCUUGUUCAACCGAAAUAUGUUUGCUUGUUUGUUGUGAACCAAUGAGUCACAAGCUGUGAGGAUGUGGUACCCUCUAAAAAAAGUCUUGUUUCUAUGCAUCAAUAUCGUUUUCGUUAACAUUGAUUCCAACGUUUGAAUUUUCAUAUGGUGAAAUAAAUGUUACACAAUUUGGC